AGGGAUAUUUUAUUUUUAGAGAGGGAGAUCGGGAGUGGAAAAGCCCGCUUCCUUUUGCAAAGCGCGCGGCUGGGUCCUACGCCAGCCCCUUUACACCUCCGUCCACCGCCUUUGGGAUUUUACAGACGAGGGUCUCCGAGGGACGUCCUGCUGCCCCCUUUUUUGUGGAUGAAAGCAUAAAACGCGCAGAUCUGCGGCUGGCUCUUCGCGGAUGUCCAACCUUCGCCCGGAAAAUAGGGGAGGGGGGGAAGCCGAGUUUCCUGCUUCCACGAACCCUUCUCCCGAGGAGAUUGGCAGAAGUUCAGCGUCGCCGCGGCUCGGGAGUUGAUUUGGUUUUUAUUUUUUUGCCUCGCCGGGCAAGAUCGGCGCUUUGACAACUGCUUGGGCUUUUUACUGCUUGGGGGGUCCUGCCUGCCUGCAGCCUUGAGGCUGGGACGCCCCCGCACCAUCCUCGCCGUCGCUCCCUUCCCGGCCGCCAGGUGAGCGAUGACUCAUUCGGGCAUCAUCGCUGCGCCUCCGUCAGAAACACAAAGCAAAAGGUGCUUCGGGUAGAGGUCCUCCAGCAACAAGCCAAGCCGGCCACUGCUUGUUUUCGGGGCCCCGCGGAAAGGCGGUUAAAACCCACACCCCAAAAAGCCAUCUUUCCGAGUGAGACUCCGCUCGUCGCCAGCCGAGGAGGGGGGAAUCCCUCCCGCUGAUGCCACCGGACCAUGGUUGCUUCCAUGGCCGGAUCAUGAAGUGUUUGACUUUCUUUCUUCUGCUUCCAGAGACCCUCAAGAAGUCCAAAAAGAGCGUCCGGGCCAACGGCAAGGGGCCAGCAUGCUAUGAGAUCGUGCCCCUGGCCCUCAAGAAGAAGAUGGCUGCGGAACUUUACCCUGCCACCGCCAACACCAACCUCGCAAACAGCAAUAACGCCACCGCCGCCAACAGCAAGAAAAACGCCCUUCAGCUUCAGCAGAGCGCGCAGCCCCCGCCGCCCCCGCCGCUGCAAAACCUCAACAACAACAACGUGGAGAGCGCCAACUGGCAGUCCUUCCACCCCACCCUGCGAGAGAGGAACGCGCUCAUGUUCAAUAACGAACUUAUGGCUGACGUACAUUUCAUUGUGGGCCCAGUGGGGGCGGCCAAGAAAGUUCCUGCUCACAAGUAUGUUCUAGCAGUUGGGAGCUCUGUCUUCUACGCUAUGUUUUACGGAGAUCUUGCAGAGGUCAAAUCUGAAAUCCAUAUUCCAGAUGUGGAACCUGCAGCCUUCCUAAUCCUAUUAAAGUACAUGUAUAGCGAUGAAAUCGACCUGGAGGCAGAUACCGUGCUUGCUACUUUGUACGCGGCCAAGAAAUACAUUGUCCCAGCAUUAGCAAAAGCUUGCGUCAAUUUUCUGGAGACUAGUUUAGAGGCCAAGAAUGCUUGCGUUUUGCUGUCUCAGAGCAGACUCUUUGAGGAGCCAGAGCUGACGCAGCGCUGCUGGGAAGUCAUUGAUGCUCAAGCUGAAAUGGCCCUGAAAUCGGAGGGCUUCUGCGAAAUAGAUCAACAGACGCUAGAGAUCAUUGUGACGCGGGAAGCACUGAACACGAAGGAGGUCGUAGUGUUUGAGGCAGUUCUGAACUGGGCAGAGGCUGAAUGCAAGAGACAAGGGCUGCCUAUCACACCAAGGAACAAGCGGAAUGUAUUAGGGAAAGCUUUAUACUUGGUGCGGAUUCCAACCAUGACUUUGGAAGAGUUUGCCAACGGAGCGGCCCAGUCCGAUAUCCUAACCCUGGAGGAGAGGCAUAAUAUUUUCUUGUGGUAUACCGCUGCAAAUAAGCCUAAAUUAGAAUUUCCACUGACAAAGAGGAAAGGACUUGUGCCUCAAAGGUGCCAUCGGUUUCAGUCCUCCGCAUAUCGUAGCAAUCAGUGGAGGUACCGAGGUCGGUGUGACAGCAUCCAGUUUGCUGUAGAUAAAAGGAUAUUUAUAGCUGGACUGGGAUUAUAUGGGUCAAGUUGUGGAAAAGCCGAAUACAGCGUCAAAAUCGAACUGAAGCGGCUAGGAGUUGUUCUCGCCCAGAACCUGACCAAGUUUACCUCUGAUGGAUCUAGUAACACUUUCUCGGUAUGGUUUGAGCAUCCGGUGCAGGUUGAGCAAGACACCUUUUACAAUGUGAGUGCCAUUCUGGAUGGCAACGAACUCAGUUACUUUGGGCAAGAGGGCAUGACUGAAGUACAAUGUGGGAAAGUGACAUUCCAAUUCCAGUGUUCCUCAGACAGCACCAACGGCACAGGAGUACAAGGAGGACAAAUACCUGAACUCAUUUUCUAUGCAUGAUGCAUUUCACUUAGAUUGUAUUUCAGGACUGCUCUGCACAUUAAGGGAUAUACUUUGAUUUGACUGAAAAGAGCAGCAUGGAAUGUUAUGCUACUUACCUAUCUACUUACCUUACCAUCAGGCUAUCAAACUAAGUGAAGGAAUGCUCUUGAGUUUAAUCUUAUUUUAUUUAUUCAUAAGCUAUUUGACUUAAUUAUUAAACUGCAACAUGCAGGAGGGGGGGAAACGUUUUAAAAAAAUUGCACGUGAUGUGCAUUUAUUUUGUAUAUAGAUAACUAACUUGCAGACUGCAGCUGACUCAAACAGAAUGUUCUAAAGUAGAGCGGUUUGAGAAUCUGUUGAAUAUAAAACAUUUUUACUUGUCCUAAA